AAGUGGCCCGGGAACAGCGGCCGCCACUCUGGAGCGUGCGGCCCCGCGGAGUUCAGCAGGUGAGCCCCCGGCCCGGAUGGUGGGACCGGGCCCGGGCUCCCACCGCCACCUCCGCCUCGGCCAAAGCCGUCUGGCCCCCACCCCCGUUUAGGGACCCACAGGGGACAAGCCCCUCUGCCUGCUGGGAAGGGGAGCCUCCCCCACUCCCGGCAGCUUCAGCCUCUCCGGAUCAGGAUCGCAGUUCACAGUUCACGAAGAUCUCAGCUGCACCUGGACGUUCACUUCCCCUUUCCCAGGUUUUUAGGGUCAAGAGGAGACAGUCUCCAUAAUGAAGAAUAAUGAAAACCUAAGUUCCUUAAAAGGGACAGCAUCAGAAGUUCUCAAAUAAUGGUGCUGAAGCUGCUAGUGCCAGGAUCAUACUUUGAGAAGCCCUGGUAUAAAUAAAGUACAUGGGAUUUAGAGUCACAAAUAUCUGGACUGUCAAUGGCAGGAUACCAGCUCUGGUCACCAUGGACCCCACUGGAUGAGAGCUUCCAAUGGCUGCGGCACACAACACCUACAUCUUCUUCAAAGCACCCUUUUAGGGCUUCCCCCUGCUUCCCACAUACCCCUUCUGACCUUGAAGUGCAGCUGUGCUUUCAAGAGGUCACUCUAGUUCUAGACAGCCCAUUCCUGGAGCCUGGGGUGAGUCCCAAGUUACCCUGCCACACAUCAGAGCUCCAAACCACGAACAACAAGAAAGGGUUGGUCAGGAAGCCCCAGCCUGUCCGCCUCAGUGGAGUGGAUUCCGUGUUUGGCAGGGUCAUCACAGCUCAGCCACCAAAAUGGACCGGAACCUUCAGAGUUUCAGACAAAUCAGCCUUUUGCAAAAUCAUCAGCCGGGAGCACCAGUGGCCCACUGGACUUAAGGAACCUCAGAUUCAGAUGACAGUGACCAUGUGCAAACAGAUGCUGCGCUCUAUCCUCUUACUGUAUGCAACAUACAAGAAGUGCACUUUUGCCUUACAACACUCCAAGUAAAGGGUUCCCAUCUGAUUCCUGUUCCUUAUACCAUGCCCUUUUACUAUGUGUCUGAAGUUUACAGAAACCUGUCUGUGUAAAGGAAACUGACAUCACCCCAGCAAUCUUGCUUUUCUGUCACGCAAUGACAAUUCAGGAACCCCUUUAUUUCCUUUCCCCUCCAAAUAAGGCCAGUGACCGGAGCAAGGGAGAACAUUUCCACUGUAAAGCUGAACAACAUUUAAAAGAGAGUCAAACUAGCGUUAACAUGUACAUGUGAUAAAGAACCAUUAAACCAUAUAAACCAA